AAAAAUAUUCUAUCUCAUGGUAUGAGGCAACACAUUGAUGUCGCUGUCGCUGGUUUGACCUAAAUCUACACAGAGGAACACCAUCAUCUGUAUCACCUUACGGGACACCUGCACCCUUUCGAGAGUUUAGGAGAGUGACAGAAAAGUUCCUCGUUGUCGACGAAGUCAACCAUAUCAGUUCUUUGGCACCACCAACAGUUGAAACCCAGUAGCUACUAUCAAAACUGACAGCGGUAGAAAAACAAAAUAAAUGUAGAGCAAAAUCCGUACUCGCUAUUCUUGUGCUGUUUACGGAUGACUUGCUAGCCAUCUAGUUGUAGUCUAAAUCGCGAACAAGUAGAAUUUGCGCUCCAUUUCUGAGGAUUGAAAGCAUGAGCUCUAUGUACGCCUUCCAAAACAAAAACUUGUAUCUGUCUUCUCAGAAUCCAGAAAGUCUUGUAGAUCUGAAUAUCAAUGCCAAUGCGACCGAGCGGGCAGCAGAAGAUGCUUCUCCAAACGGUACCUCCGGACGCGGCAGCAACUUCGCAAUCGAACAGCAUGCUCAAUCACCCGUCGCUCCUCCUGCCGCCAUCCGGGUCCCGGACCCGUUUCCGCAGGUCGACCAGAAGGCGCGCAACUGGAGCGACUUUUCGACGCUGCAGAAGAAGAACAUCCUCCGCCGCAUGUGGACCAACGUCGGGCGAGCCACCCUCGCGGCCUGGGCGAAAAAACUCGUGCGCAUCAUCGACGCCGCGGUCCGGGACGAGGACGAGUGGGUCCGGAGUCUCGGCCGGUUGCUCUAUCACACAGAAAAAAGCGGGCACGGCAUAUUUGUAAUGCAAAAAUAAACACACAAAAAAAUCUGUAUUGCGUAUCCGAAACACCAUGCUAUGGGCCACCCAUGACAAGUUUCUGUGUGUAUUUAUUUUUGCAUUACAAAUAUGCCCUGCCAGCUUUUUUCUCUGGGAUAUGCUCGAGGGCUUGCCCAAGUCCAACCGCGUGAACCCGGCGGCCGUGGACUCCGAGCUGGUGUACAAGAUCAACAGCGACUUCGCCGAAAUUUUCCGGAAAACCAGCACGACGAGUUCCGCCGCCCAAAGCGCAUUUAUUGGGGGACCUAAGUUCUUCCAGCUGAGGGGCACGAAAGUAGUAAAUCCGACUGCGACUGCGAGUACAGCUACCGGGGGGGCUUUUCCGAGUCAACAGCAGGCUCCGCUGGGUCCUCCUAAUCGGAGGUAUCUUCAACAGCUCAAGACCGCGGAGCAAGAAGCCGAAGAACAAGCACGUCUGGCGAAAGAGAAAGCGGCAAAGACAGCGGAAAUACGGGCGGCUUUCGUGAAGGAAAUCCGGAAAGCCUGGGGCGACAACGCGUUUCCGAAAGUAGACGAGUCUCAGUCCAAUUUAUCCGCGGAGCAAAACAACAAGCUGACGGGAGGAUUAGCUGCUGCAAGUACGUCGAGCAAGGUGGUCAAGGGGAAUGCAGGAGCCGCAACUCAUCAAAAGACGCAUGCGGGUGCCGGAAUUACCGUAAACGAACGUAGCCGAGCUGCAAAGUCCUCGUCAUCAAAGUCGAAGCAUGUGCAAGAGGGCGGUGCCGGACCCGGCGCAGACCGUUCCGCGAAUGCGAAAAGUGAGGCGGAGCAGAAAAAGCCGUCGUUGUUUUUUGAGCCUGCGAAUAGCAAACAAUUUCAGGGUUUGUCAGAGCAAGAGAGAAAACAAAAGCUCUUUGAAACAAUCCGUAACAAGGCGGGUGGUACAGGAGAUGGUGAGAGUCCAGCAGGCGGCAGUCCAGGCUCAGCAGGAAGAGGUUUUUCCGGAGCAGGCCGCGGGCAAAAAUCCAACCAAGAUGCGAGCUCACACCAACGUCCGCGAAGCAGCAGCAAAGCUGCACAUCACGGCGAAAGAAGCAAGGAAGGAGCGGAAGAAUCUUCCGAGGAAGAGAUGGAAGACAGCGCAGAGCAGCGAGGACUCGCGUUCUUUCGGCAAGGUUUCGCCGCUCUGGAAGCCGGAGAGGUCAAACGAAGCCCAAGAUUGCAGCCAGGGCCCGCCUCGGCGAAAGCCGGAAAUGAACAUGUGCACCAACAAGAGAAGCACGACAAGCAGGAGCAAGAUCAAGACUCUUCUUUUCGCGGGAAAAACAAAGGACCGCAGAAGACACGAAAAGGCAGCGCCGAAUCGGUACCAACAUCACGCACUCCCCAGAGUCAGAAGACCGCACCUGCACCUGCUCCGUCAUCGCAGCGCUCCUACGAUGAGGUCGACGAAGUUUUUGCGUUACUGGAUUCAGGUGAGACUAGGGAGGACAAGGCGCCUGCUUCCCUGGUCGAUCAAAAUAGCGAUGCAGCGGGCGGAUCAGCCGACCUGCUUUCUAAUUUCCUUGCGAGCGUAGUGGGAGCAGCCAACGAAGAUGAACUUCAACAACCAGGCCGCCGUGAAGCAAGCCGCACCGGCAAACUCUUGGCGACUGAUCAAGAAGUUGUGCACCAGAUGUCAGAGAAUCGAAAUCCACCUGCUGCACCAGCCCCACCGCCGGCAGUCAUCAAGUACGCAAGUUUUCGCAGCAUGCGCAAAGACUGGCUGAAGCAAGCGCAAUCCGCCACGAGUGCAGAUUUGUGGGCAAAUAUUCGCACCGAGCAGGAGCCAGGUUUCCGGGACUGGUUCACGCAUUUGCACCAACUCGGCACUGCUUCUAUCGCGGAUCCAAACUUCGCUUUUCCGGAAGAGCUGGAGCUGGAGGAGCGCGCAAGGGAAGCAGAAACUGCCGAGCAACUGGAACGAACGACGAGGCGACAAAUGAAUAAACCUCUCAAGCCCGGGCAGUCGUACCACAUAAGUAGCAGCUCCCGCGGUGGUCAGCCCGUAAUCUCUGCACUUGAUGAGGAGGAUGAGGCUCGAAUUAGCGACAAGAAGCGGCGAAGAACAGCUAGAAAAGAGCCGCAGGAGAAGGAGAAAAGGGCAAAAAGGGCGCGACAUUCAUCUGCACAUGAUGAGCAGAACGCCGACAGGUCAAAAGACAAGAAAUCCCUCCAGCUGAAUGAGCAUAUCGACCUUUUCGAUGGCGAAGAUGGCGAUGAAGCUUUCGUUGCUCCAGCCGUGCCAACCAGUCAAAAGCGCAAACGAGAGCACCAGCAGCAUGCGGUUGACGCCGAGGACAAACAAAGGCGAAAAGAAAAAGAGAGAGAAAAGCGCCGUCGACGAGAGCGGCGGGAGCAGGAAGAGCUGCGAAGGGACCUGGAGUUCAUGGAACAAAACAUGGAUUUUGGGGGGGCUGCUGCCUCAAGAAAUGCAACGCGUCCUGCUCCCACGGCCUCUUCCGGCGACUUCUUGCCUCCGGCGUCCAAUCGCGCGGCGCGUCGGAUGUUGCGGCAGGGCCAGCGCGCACAACAGCUGCAGAACAAUGAAGAUGAUAGCGACAGCGACGACGAGCCGGUGUUCAAUUUCAAGAGGUCUAAAGGCACGGCGAACCAUUCGUACGACAUGAACCUCCAAGACCGUAGUUCUCUCCAGCAAGCCACGGGAGCUGUUGGCGCCGAUCGCAAUAAUUCCAGUGCCUCGUCAAGCGAGGUAGGGGAUCCAGCGGAGCUAGAACGACAAAAGGCUCGCCAGCGGCGGAUUCGACGCGCUGGCAUUGGCAAACUUGACAGUGACGACGAUGAGGAAUGAUUUCAGUAAAUGCUUCUGGUUGAAAUGGAUAAACGAAUUGCUUCCACUCCAGCUGUUUCUUGAGUGAACCAUGAGCCUUUAUGUGAAAAAUGCCGAAUAUUACGUCAGUAAACGAGAUCAUGCUUGCAGCUGCCCAUGCCCUUGACGACAAUCCAAACGUACUUACAUAUAAAACGCAAAAUACAACGAACAAUGGAAGAAGGUCAGACGAAUCUAACAAAUACAGCAAAUUCAAAGGCGGAGAAAGGGGCUUCGUUGUCUUUGGUAUCUGAUUUCAAAGACGCUGCCUGGCUG